AUGGAAACCGGUCUCCUUAUUAAAGGCAUUGGUUUUACUAUCCUCGUGUUGAUAGGUAUACCUGGAAAUCUCUUCAUCCUUAUAAAAUUUCUCCACUUCAGGAUGAAAGAACAGAAACUCCGACCAGCAAAUAAAAUCCUAAUGGGUCUAGCAUUUGUAAAUCUAAUUCUCGUUCUCAACCGAGUCAUACCACAGGCUCUUGAAGCUCUUGGUAUAGAAAAUUUAUUAAGUGACACGGAGUGCAAGCUGGUCUCUUUUACCUAUAGAGUGUCUAGGGCCAUGGCAAUCUGUAUUACCAGUCUGCUUAGUUGUCACCAGUGCAUUGUUAUCGCUCCAGCAAACAAACUAUGGACUUUUCUGAAGCAAAAAGUACCCAGUAAUGUUACCAUGAUCAUAAUUGUGUUUUUUUGCUUAAAUGUUGCUCUGUAUCCUUCGAGAAUGAUUUAUUGCCAAGCUAGGGGGAAUGUUACUGUCUCUCUUUACACUCUGCACCUGGUGUAUUGUGAUUGUGACUUUAGGAAUUAUACAGCAUAUAUUCUUAAUGGGGUGUUUCCUGUGGUCAGGGAGAUCAUAGUAGUAGGACUGAUGGUAUUAGCAAGUCUAUAUAUUGUGUAUAUGUUGCUUCACCAUCAACAAACAAUGAAAGGCAUGAGAAGCUCAGAUAAAGAUAAUAGGAAGUCAGUUGAGUACAGGGCUUCCAGGGCAGUCAUUUUUUUAGUGGCCCUUUAUGUGGCAUUAUUUGGGAUGGACACAUCAGUUUGGAUAUACACUCUUUCUCUGUAUAAUGUAAGUGGUGAUGUCAAUGACGCGCGCGUGUUUCUAUGUGCCUCUUAUUCAGCACUUAGCCCAAUACUGGUGAUUGCCACAAACCCCAAACUCCGUAGAGGAAUACAUUUGUGCUUAGAAUUCAAUGUGAAAUCAAAGCUUGGUGAUUCAACUAGUUAA